CGGUUCACACGUUUUAGUGCGAACAAGAAGAAGGAGCGCGUUUUGAAAUAGGACGGCGUGAUUAAUACAAUUAAGCUUUCAUUUUCGUUCUCUCUCAGAUUUCAGGACUUGUUGGAAUCGUGAAUAGUUGCGAUUUAUUUUUUCUCGAUGAAAUUUCUACAAGAGAUGACCAGAGAGCUAACACAGACCAGAAUCCAAAAGAUCUGGGUUCCAUCUAAGGAGGAGAAACCUACAACGACACGGAAAUCUGACGGAGGCCACCGUCUGGCAAACUCUCCUUUGGUCAUUGUGAUGGUUGGUCUGCCCGCCAGAGGCAAGACCUACAUGUCAAGGAAGCUCACUCGCUACCUUAACUGGAUCGGCAUCCCUACCAAAGUCUUUAACGUCGGGGAGUAUCGCAGAGAGACGGUAAAGAACUACAGCUCAUAUGACUUCUUCAAAUCUGACAACAAGGAGGCAGUCAAAAUAAGAGAACAAUGUGCCUUAGCCGCUCUCCAGGAUGUCAAGAUCUACCUCACUGAGCUGGGUGGUCAAGUUGCUGUUUUCGAUGCCACGAACACAACCAGACAAAGAAGAAACAUGAUUCUGGAGUUCGGUGCUGAGAACAGCUUCAAGAUCUUCUUCAUCGAGUCUCUUUGUGACGACCCGAAUGUCAUUGCUACCAACAUCAUGGAAGUGAAGGUUUCCUGUCCUGAUUACCAAGACUGCAAUAAAACUGAUGCCGUAGAAGAUUUUCAGAAGAGGAUCGAGUGCUACAAAGCCAACUAUCAGCCACUGGACCCUGAUGAUUAUGACAGAACCCUGUCCUUUAUCAAGGUGAUCGACGUGGGCCGCAGGUUCCUAGUCAACUGCGUCCAGGAUCAUAUCCAAAGCCGCAUCGUCUACUACCUGAUGAACAUCCAUGUCCAGCCACGCUCUAUCUACCUGUGCAGACACGGCGAGAGUCAGUAUAAUCUGCAGGGCCGUCUAGGAGGAGACUCGGGCCUCUCUUCUCGUGGUAGAAAGUUCGCUGGAGCUCUGGCUAAGUUUGUCGGGGAACAGGAUCUUAAGAACCUGAAGGUAUGGACGAGCCAGCUAAGACGAAGCAUCCAGACUGCCGAGGCGCUGAACGUGCCGUACGAGCAGUGGAAAGCACUGAACGAGAUCGAUGCAGGCGUGUGUGAAGAGAUGACGUAUGAAGAAGUGCGAGAGCGAUACCCCGAAGAGUUCGCGCUCAGAGACCAGGACAAGUACUAUUACCGCUACCCCAGUGGGGAGUCCUACCAGGACCUGGUGCAGCGGGUGGAGCCGGUGAUCAUGGAGCUCGAGAGGCAGGAGAACGUUCUAGUCAUCUGUCACCAAGCUGUCAUGCGCUGCCUCCUUGCUUACUUCCUAGACAAGAGUGCUGAUGAGAUGGCGUACCUAAAGUGCCCCCUGCACACCGUAUUGAAGCUGACUCCGGUGGCCUAUGGCUGUAAAGUGGAGUCUGUCUCGUUAAACAUUGACGCAGUAAACACACACCGGGACAGACCCGAGGAGAUGAAGAGAAGUCAAGGCACUCUGAUUAGGAGGAACAGCAUCACUCCUCUCACGAGCCACGAACCCACUAAGAAGCCUCGCAUCGAUAACCUGGACGAUGCAGCCAUUCCCGAACUCACCCCGGCACCGCUGAGCUUCUGUGCCAGCGCAAACAGUUCUCUUGCACUCUCCACACAGGAAAUGAAGCCAUCACUGAAAAGCAUGACCUUGCCCAGCUUUGCCAGUGAGGUGGAAGAUUUGCUUUGACUUCAUUCUGUUGGGGAAUGAAUUGAACCAAAAACUUGUUGCAGUGCAGGACUCUUUGAGAUCUGACACUUUCUGCAAAGGCGAGGAGAGAAAAUGUGCACUCCGGGGGUCUUUCACCCUCAAAGGGCAAUAAUGAAGCACCUGUGUUGAACGCGUGUGUGUGUGUGUUUUUGUGUCUGUAUGUCCGUGUUCGUGAUCACAAAGCACACUAUGCCCCAUGUGGGGCCACUAAUACUAAUUACGUUACUUGUUGUUUCAUUUCUGGAUGAUGUUUGUAACAAAUUCCUGAAUACUGCUGCUGACUUUGGGAAAGCUAAUUUGUUAUCAAUUAUUUGAUUUAGUUUUGUCUGUUUUAUGAAUGUUUAACAGUGAAUGAUUCGGUGAUGUGAGGUAUGUGUGUGUGUGUAUGAUUGAGAAUACCGUUAUGUGUUUCUAACUGGAAUCUAUUUGUACUGACAAGGUAUUUUUAAGUGUGUUAUGGUGAAGUAAGGGUGAUUUCUACAUGAUGUAUGACUGAACAAAUUCCAUAGAGUGCCUAGUGCUUCGGCUUUCAGGCCGAGAACGCUUUUCGGUACUAAUAAUCUAAGAUCAUACUGUUAUGCUGUGUAUCUUUAGGAGAAUGUGUCGUUGUGAUUUCAAUAUGCAGUUCAUGUAAACCAAAUGUUUACCAAUUGAAUUCCAAUGAUUUAUCAAUAUAUUUCAUAGGUAAAACAAGCUUUACUAUUUGAUAUAUUUAAAGCAAGUAUUAUUUAUAGAGUUUAGUGAAGAUUUAAAUGCACUUUCAGGAGCACUAGCUGGGCUCAAAUGGUAGUUAUGUAAAGCAUAACCCAAUGUAGGUGCAAUUGCUCCUAACUUUAGUAGAAGGUACUAUUUUUGAUUUUUUCCUUUCGAGUUAUAAUACUGUAUUUUGUAAUGCUGUAUCUUUUCCGUUAAUCUAUUUAUUUUUGAAGUAAAACCUGCAUUUGUAUUUUGAGUACAAAGCGCCCCCUGUGUUGUGAUUGCCACACUCACCUUAUCUCUUUAUAACACCAAAUGUUAAAUAAGGAAGAAAAAAUAUUUCCUGGACCAAUAAAUAAUCUAA